AUGGGUGGAUUUAAACAGCACGUCAACUGUCCAGAGGUCAAAGGUCAUGAGUGUACCAAUCACACGUUCGGACGGGACUGUAACCAGACCUGUCACUGUGCUAACUCUGAGUGUGACAGGAGGAGUGGGAUAUGUACUAUACCCGGAUGUACGGACGGAUGGACCGGAAACACGUGUAGUCAAGAGUGUACCCAUCAGAAGUUCGGACGAGACUGUAACCAGACAUGCCACUGUGCUAACUUUGACUGUGACAGAAUGAGUGGGAUAUGUACCAUACCUGGAUGUAUAGAAGGAUGGAGGGGACACUCAUGUAGCCAAGAGUGUACCAAUCACACGUUCGGACGGGACUGUAACCAGACCUGUCACUGUGCUAACUCUGAGUGUGACAGGAGGAGUGGGAUAUGUACUAUACCCGGAUGUACGGACGGAUGGACCGGAAACACGUGUAGUCAAGAGUGUACCCAUCAGAAGUUCGGACGAGACUGUAACCAGACAUGCCACUGUGCUAACUUUGACUGUGACAGAAUGAGUGGGAUAUGUACCAUACCUGGAUGUAUAGAAGGAUGGAGGGGACACUCAUGUAGCCAAGUUGUUGGUAAUGCGUCUCAGUGUGCGUUUGUCAUAUCUCUGAAGAUAUCAGCUGAAAGGAAUUUAGAAACACAUGAUGAAUUGCGUUAA